AUGAAAACAGCCUGGUUACAGCACCAAGAUAGUCUGGUCCGACCGUCGCAGCAGCAGUCCUCAGCAUGUAAUGUAACAAUUACCGAUGGUGCUAAUGCAACACUCACACUCACUUGUGUAAGUGGAACAGUCUUGAAUGAAUUACCGAUUUAUUCAUUUGAUAGUAUUACAUUAAAUCGAGUUUCAACAGCUAUUAUACAAGGAAGUAACAUUAAUCGUGGUCCGUUCCAGCACAUUCCAAUCAACAUUUGUUUCCUUCAAAAUCUUAAUACUUUAAUUAUGUCGUACAACAAUAUUCAAGAUGUUGAUCCGACCGUCAUCAGGAAAAAUAGUCCACAAUGUUUAUCUAACCUCGAAACACUCGAUUUGAGUUUUAAUAUGAUCAAUGAACUUCCAUCUUCGUUAUUUCAAAAUAUAUCAGGACUUAGUAAUUUGUAUUUUCAACACAAUAAUUUAACUGAUGUCCCGUACACUGUAUUUUCUGAUGUCUCAGAUUUAGAAGAUAUUGAUUUUAGUUAUAAUCAAUUGACUACCUUUGAAUUAUGGGCUCUACAAGUUCAAAAUACUGCCAAUUUUAGUUUUAAUAAUAUAUCGGCUAUUACGAAUAAGUACAAUGUCGAUCUAUCGUCAUACGUUUAUCCAACGAAUUUCGCGGGUUAUAUUAAAGCUGAUUUAUCAAAUAAUAUGCAAAUCAAUUUAACUGAUGCUGUCUAUGAAAUGUACAAUUUAUGUCUUGAACCUCAAUUGGUUACAGAAGCUAGUGACUUUUAUCCAAGUAUGGCAGCUGCAAUAAUGAGCAUAUCCUUUGGUACAACGCUAGUUAACUGUAAUUGCGAUCAAUAUGAAUUGGUUCUAGCAAUGCUGUAUAUAAAUGGCGGCACUAAUAUAAGUUCACACUGGCCUAUAUCAAACCUAAAAUGCACCGAUAUGAGUACACAUUUGGAGUUUGGAUGCAACUUAGACUAUUCAACUGUUAAUUUUACGAAUACGUAUCCAAGAUUGUGCAAAAUAGAUAAUUCUGAAACUGGAAUAGUCCCUAUUUUAGCACCGAUACAAAACAUUAACACAACUACGCCAGCAUAUCCACUUUACUUUCAACGAAAUGUUGCUAAUGGUUACUGCCUGUUUAAUUUGGUAAGUAUAAAUGAAGCAGCCGUUCAGUGCACAAAUGAUACAAAUCCAAUUACGAUACCAAAUGAUUUAACUGGUUAUUUUACAAACGUGACAAAACUAGAUUUUACAAACUUCUCUCUCAGUACUCUUCCUGCGUAUGUUUGUUCAUUAAAACUGACUCAGAUUGAUUUAAGCAAUCAAUUAUUUACUCAACUGACUGAUUCUACGUUUCCAUGUCUCGACCAAUUUCAAUAUAUUUCAUUGGCUGACAACAAUAUUAAUACAGUUAGUAUAACAAAUAAUAAUUUCGCUACUCUAACUACGCUUGAUUUAAGUGGUAAUGACCUGGUCGCACCUCCAUAUACUUUAUUAUCGUCAUCAUUGCCUUUGAAAAAUAUUAAUUUACAAGAUAAUCUUAUCACCUCAAUGGAUCUAUGGUUAUACGCAUUUGGAAGUUCAAUCGAUUUAACAGAUAAUCCAAUGACCAAUACUAUUACAAAUUAUCAAAAUAUAACAUUAUCAUCUAGCGUUAGUAUUGCCUCAAAUAUCUCAUUACCGUCGUCAACCUUCAUAAUUGAUGAUUCGAUAAGCGCGAUGUAUGGAAUAUGUAAUGUUACUAAUAUUCCAUUGUUUCGUAGCUUUCUUCAAGCCUUAGAUCAAAGUUCGACAGUAACUAUCUUAGUAAACUGCACAUGUGCAUCAAUUCAUCUUAAGAAUCUAUAUCCGAAUAUCACCAACGAUUUCAGUUGUUCAAAUUCAAGUGAUAACAAUACGUUUUUGAAUCUACAAUCGUAUAAUUGUACCAACACAAAUGUUAUAACAACUGGUUUAUGUACCUUUCAGAAUUUGACUUCACCUACUACACAAGCAGCUACAACGACCACUAUGACAUACACUACUAGCACAUCUGCUACACUGUCCUCGACGAAUUUAAUGGUAAGUAGUACAGACAUUUCACCAACGACACUUACAAAUGAUGAAGAAAUGAGUUCAUUGCUCACUUCAUUAAUUGUAGUCACAAUUUCAAUGACUAUAACAUCAGAAUUGAUGACUAUUACGUUAGCAGUAGGUGUAAACCUAACCUCGAUAAUGUCAGCAGCAAAUUCUAUAAAUGUCAAUAUUUCAAACGUAGUAAUUUCAUCGAUCUACUGAUUUUUCACAAGAUUCAUUCACGAUCCACUAGAAAGUUACCAACAUCUUCUCCAGAGUACUGUUAACACCUAUCCGAGUUCGAGUUUCACUCUACGAGCAAACGUUGGAGUGCAUGUGAAAUAUG